AUGGAUCCAGUAGGACCAUGGUCAGCAUAUUCAUACAAUCGGUUAGCAGGGGUUCAGGCUGGUGCUGCAAGUGGGGAUUUUCAUCACCACCUAGCAAGUGGUGGUUCUGGAUUAGGCAGCCAAUCUGUGCCAUCAACUACAAGUCAGUUGCUUCUUCAAGCAGCUCAUACCACAGCAUCAUUAGCAGGGCAACUUGGCUCAUCAACUGCUUCACCUUUCAAUCCUGCUGGUUUUUUGUCUCCACCAGCAGUAGGGUAUGACGCAGUGUUUUCACCACUCUUUCAUCAUGCAAAUCCCAAACCUGCACACUACAGUUCUUCUCUUCAAGCACAGCAUCGUCAAGUUAUAGCUCAAGCUCAGGCUGCGGUUGCCUCCAAGCAAUCAUCAGUAGAAUCUGAACUAUCAACCUUAAGAGAAAAUUAUUCUCAUCAAACAUUGGCAGCACAAGGAACGUCAUUCUUUGAUCAAUCAUCAACUCCAGGCGGUACUACAGGAUUGAGCUGGCAAGGAAAUAAUCAACUGCCAAGUCCAUUUGGAAUUUUACCUCAUGAAAGUGUUGUACCUUCAUCUCCAAGUCCAGCAACAACAAAAGCAUCCGCAACAUAUGAAAACUUCAAUGCACAUUUUGCUGCAGCACAAACGUUAAAUAAUCAUCUGAAUUCUCAAAUUUCAAGUACUGGUAAACAAACAAACAGAUCUGGUUCACCGGCAACUGCAUCCAAACAACCGGCAACCUCAACAUCAUCAACCUUUUUCCAAUCUCCAUCAUCUUUUGGAAAUCAGACUGAUAAUUCAUAUAGUACAAGCAGUGCAAAAAGUGGUCAACUUGCAUCACAACAGGAUUAUGCAGGAAGUAAGUCCUAUUCAAGUUCUGCAAGUUCAACUGCUCAUUCCCAGCAAUCGUGUAUAGUGUCAACUCCACCAGUCACCUCUUCCUCAACUCCACCCAGUAAAGAUUACAGAUCUUCUUCUAGUACCACAUCUAGGCCAUCAGCUUCUAUUUACAAUUCUCAAUCACCUAAAACCCCAAGUAGUAAAGAGCCAUCUAGACAAAUCACUAAUAGCAUAAGCAAUUUUGUGUCUCCUACAGUCAAAGCACCUCAAGUACAGACAAAAGCUCAAAGUAAAAUAUAUCCAGAAUUAAAUAGUGAACAAAGAAAAAGUUGUGAUUCUAAUGAAAAAGUUCAGCCUCAGUCAUCCCCAAUAAGUUACUCUAUUAUGGAUGCCCCAGGUAGACUAAAUUAUAGUAGCAGCACCGGAAGUUCUUCAAAAACAAAUAGGAUCAAUAAUUCACAGUACUCUACUACACAAAGUUCUAGUUUUAGACAUUAUCAAAGUGGAAAUAAUAUAGAAUCCGAUUAUCAUGUAAGAGCUAAAAGUAGUUCAAGUACAGAUACGGGUUAUUCAAGUAGUAGUUCUCAAAAUGGCCCUGAUUGUGGUGUGGUUGUCCCAAGGAGACAGAGUCCCUCCCAAGCUGCACCUCAAACGUCUCCUCUGGACCAUGGGUCUAGUCCUGCUUAUCCUAUGUAUCACAGUCCUAUGAACUCAAUCAAUUCUCCCCAACCACAUGGUGAUCAUUACAAUAAAGUUAAUAGUACUGCACCUCGAUCUCCAUUAGAUGCAUCUGUGACACGGUCUCCAUCUCAAAACAGUCAAGUAGCUUAUCCUUCUGUAAUAACUAGGGCCUUAGGACUUGAACAAAACAAAACUUACAGUGAAAGCAGAUAUGAACGAAAUCAAACACAAUCGACUGGUCAAACUUGUUGGGAAGGUGACCGACAAGGUCCUAGAAAAUAUUCUAGUAAUAGCAGUAGUAAUAGUUACAAUAAUGGUGUAACAGAAAGUAAUACUCAUAAUGAUGAAUCUGUUCCUCAGAAUCAAUCUUCCAGUAGGGUGCUAAGUUUACCAGAUAAACAAAACUAUUUUGAUGGUAAUAAUGUAGCUUUACAAGAUCUCUCUAGUUGCCGGGGAGAUCCUAUGAGUAUAGUCAAAAACUUGCAAAGUUUACAACAAAGUUGUCAAUUACAAGAAGUUAAAUCAAGCAAAAGUCAACCACCAGUAACAGUUCCAACAGCAACUAACAAAAUACCUUCGAGAAGAAAGAGUGUGGAGAAACCUACUCCUCAUGCAAAUAUGAAUGAAUUAUCUAAUGUUGUUAUGGCUGAUUAUUUGGCAAAUAGAAUUCCCCCACCUGCACAUAGUUCCACAAGCAAUCAGCAGCAAAAUGGUAGCUAUUUUGAUUUUGAGAGGUGGAAUCUGCCUCCCCCUCCACCUAAAAUGUUCCCUGGUACUUCAGCAUUUGGUUCACAAGCUCCUUUACAUGCAACUAAUUUUACGAAUCAACAUCAAGCACUAGCUAUGCCUCAUGGACACGCACUAACUUACUUCCCUCCCUUCCACAUUGGUCCUCAUCCUGAUUUCCAAUCGUCUGUGGAGUUAACACCACUUUCGUCUUUUAGCGAAACUCCACCUUCGGCUUCCUCAUCAUCUUUUUCGACGCCUGAAACACGUGAAGAGGAACAGCCUAAGGUGGUAGUACCUAAUAUAGAGGAAGAACUUGGUUUCCUUGCAGAACAACGGGCAAAUACUGCAUCAUCGGUAGCACCCUCUUCACAGCAGCAGAACAUUAACAGCACUUCACAAGACGCUACUUCAAAAAUUAUGGAUAAAAAAUUUAAUGUUCCUGUCACGGGUCCCGGUUCAGGUUUCAUGGCUUCUUACUUGAAAUUUUUACAAGGAGAGCGUGAUACCUCUCCUCCGCCGGCCGGCAGGGGCGCUAGAAAAUCUACCUGGUCGAGGACUAAUACAAAUAAUGCAACAAAUAAUAAGCCUUACACACCAAAUGAUCAUAACAAAAGUCAGUGUGAUACAAAUGUCUCACAGCAAAGUGCCAAUGGAGCCAUGGCGUCGACGAACGUUAUAAACGCAGGUAUGUCACUGAGUAAUCCAGUCAUGAGCUCCUCCGCAAGUAUGAGUGCAACAGGCUUGUUGGGUACUAAUCAAUUACAUGGGGCAUCGAGUCUCCUAACCUCACAAACAAAAGAAUUGGAGGAUCCUCGAUAUUAUAAUUUAAAUAAGGAUAGAAAACGAAAAUAUGAUGGCAGCGAAGAGACUGCCUAUGACGCAGAGGAAGAAGCGAGAAGGCUUAACAAGCCGGUUCUCAAUGUGCCUAGUACACCUCUGAAUGACAAAGGAAAGAACAAAGGUCGAACAAGUAUGAAUAAGCCAACGCCAUCGGCGGUAGUGGCGCCUCAGCCGGCCGCGCCUAAGAAGCCACGACCUCCUGCGCCGCCGCCCGUGACGCUACAAGCAGCUCCACAGCAACAAUAUUAUUACCAACACCAGCCCGACGAAGCACAUGGUGCUAACAUGGGUUAUGGUUUGUAUGGGGCAACUGACGACAAUAAGGCAAACAGAAAUAUGCAACAUAAUAUAAAAUCUCACCAUCAAGUUUCCAGUAGUGGUCAAGUAGACAGCACAAGACCUAUAGAAGAAAUGCCAUACCAGUCUGGUGAAUUUAUAGCAUUAAAAACCGAAUUGAAUGAUAUGUGGCCAGCAAUUUGGAGGGUUGAUGGCAAAACGUUAUUACAGAAGUACGAACCGUUUGAAGAAAAUGGCAAGGUGUUAUAUCGUAAUAUAUCUACAUAUACUGUAUGGAACCCGGAGAACAAAAAAUUAUAUACGCAAGUCCCUGUCAAAGUAAGGUCCCAAACACAUUUGGAAACAAUAGUCGAAUUAGUUAGAAGUGAACUGCCAGCUGAUGAUUGUGGCUUUAUUGAAAAAAGAAUGCUGGAAACGCAAAUGUACCAAGAGAACUUUGAAGUGUAUAUCCAGACUUUGAUAUCACAUGCAUUGGAUCCUAAUUUUCUAACAGAAAUAUUUCAAGAACAAGAUGAAUACUUUCUGUCAAACGUGAAGACGGUGGACGAGGUGACGGAGAGCAUGCGCGCGCGCGUGUCGGGCGGCGCGGCGGGGGGCGCGGGCACGGCGGGCGGCGCGCGCGCGCUGGACGCCGCCGUGGGCACGUGGCCCGGCCUCAGCGUGGCGGCCGGCGCCGGCACGUGCCGCGCCUGCGCGCGCGCCGCCGUGGCGCGACUCUUGCUCUACGGCCAGCCUUACAACCCUGCCACGCUAGAACCCGUCCAGCCCGACGCCCGUCUCGCUUAUGAAAAGGAAUUCCUCGUUUGUGCGACGUGUUGUAGUCGAGUACAACUGUAUUCGAGGAUAUCACAUCAAAAGUAUCUAAUGUAUGCGGAGUGCAGUAAACGAGUAGCCGAAAAAAGAAUGCAAAAUCCUAGUAAAGACACAACUGUGAUCCUGAACGAAUUGUUGGCUGAUGAAGUAUGGUUGUCACAAUUGUUCCGAGACGUACGGCACUCGUGGGCGGAGGCGGAGGCGUGGGAGCGCAAGCUGCGGCACGCCAUGUCGCGGCAAAUGAUAUAA